AUGAAGGCUCCCCACACCGCUCUCCUCUUUGCUCUGGUCCUCCGGCGCGCCCACACCGACCAGGGUCAUUUCGAGGAAUCUGAAAUGUCUACAUACAUAACCCCAGAAGAGGAAGAGGCAACCGAAGAGACUAUUGCAAGCACAUUUACUGUGGUGACCGCAGAACCAACGCUCACUGCAGACACCAAUUCAACCCUCACGAAUCACCAGGAGGAAAGCCAGCUGGAAUUUAUACUGACGGUGUUGAUCCCAUUGGUUUUAGUGGUUCUCCUACUUUUAUCGGUGGUUUUCAUUGGAGGCUACUACAGACGAAAAAGAGCUAAACAAGAGCCUUCUAGCCAAGGAUCUCAGAGUGCUUUGCACACGUAUGACCUGGCAAGUGAACACAUGAAAGUCCCUAUUUUUGAGGAAGACACGCCCUCUGUUAUGGAGAUAGAAAUGGAAGAGCUUGAUAAAUGGAUGAACAGCAUGAAUAGGAAUGGUACGUGGUAA